AUGGACGCUGACCUCGGAGACGAAGAUACCGUGCCCUUUCUGGAGCAACCGGGCAUUGCUCCUGAUGCAUCGAUUGACGGAGACGUAAACAUCCAAGUUCAACUAGAGCCGCCCAGGUCUUUGACCCUGACCAAUGCCAUCACCUUUGUGGUGGGCACCAUGAUUGGGAGUGGCAUCUUUGCCUCGCCUGGCUCUGUCCUUGUCGAUGCGAAAUCGGCGGGCAUGGCCUUUAUCGCCUGGAUCGUCGCGGGCCUAGUGGCGCUGAUGGGCUCAGCUUGCUAUGCCGAACUCGGCACGCUCUUGCCGGCUAAUGGUGCCGAAUACACGUACAUCAACGCUGGUCUUCACCCAGUAGUCGCCUUUCUCUUCACAUGGACGAGUAGCGUCGUUACGCGCCCAGGCUCCCAGGCCAUCAUGAUUCUCAUUGCGGGCGAGUAUCUGUGUAAGGCACUGAGCGGCACCGAAUUUGUGGACGAAUGGACCUUUAAGGGCGUUGCCGUUGCCCUCAACACCGUGGUCCUGCUUAUCAAUUGCUGGUCCAGCCGCUGGGGAGCUUGGCUGCAGGACAGCACCACGGCCAUCAAAGUCAUGGCGCUUGUUCUGAUCUCCCUGCUGGGCCUCGCAUGGUUGGCUCACUUUGCUCAGGAUCCUGACUCGGCCGCAUACCGCAACCUGCACGGUGACAAUGCGUUUUCAAGCGAUCGAUUUUCCAUCGGCCUCUUUGGGUUGGCCGUGGUGAAUGCGCUCUUCUCGUAUGACGGGUGGAACAACGCCAACUUUUGCGUGGCCGAGAUGGUGAAUCCUGCUCGUGACCUACCACGUGCCUUGGUCAUUGGCAUCCCCUUGGUUGUCGUCAUCUAUGUGUUUGCCAACCUGGCCUAUUUUGCCGUGUUGGACUUGGACUCGAUCGCGGACCUUGAGGCGGGCAAGCCUAAUGAGAGCUUCGCCAGCACCUUUGCGCGCGUCACUAUGGGCCGCGUGGGGGGUGUCAUCUUACCUUUGCUCAUCUUUGCCUCGGCCUUUGGCGCCACCAACGGCUCCUUAUACACAGCGGCCCGCCUACACGGCGUGGGGCACAUGCAUGCCAAGGGUGGUGGUCGUGCGUUCUGGUGA